UUAACAGUAGCGUCGCUAUCGUUGGCCUGUUCGGAUGUGUUUCGUGGGUGUGUUGUGUGUUAAGGUGUUUUUUUUUAGCUGAACGGGUUUUCUUUGCUGUGAAGCCUUUAAAUACGGCCCCAAAAAUAAAAAUGCAAUAUUUUCAAAUUAAUCGAUGUGCCGUCCAAUCUAAAUUGUAUUUAUUGUAGCUGCUGCCGCUGCUGCUUGUGUGUCCCGUCGCUUGUGCAUUGCCAAGACAACAAAUUUUUGUUCAAGCCAUCGAUUUUUCGCGCUGUUUAAAACGCGUCUUCAGUGUGUACGUGUAUGUGUGGUACGUGAGUGUGCGAGGACCUUUUGUAAAUACACACACAUACAAACGUAAUUAUAAAACUCAGGCAAGCGGCUAACAAAGAUCCUGGUCGCAGCAGCGCGCCAUUGAAAACUGCUGCUCAGCUGCCGUCCAAGCAGCUGCCAGGCUACAAUAACAACAACAAUAGCUGCAACAAUGCCCAUUCACCUGAAUAUUUAAAUGUGUGUGCGUGUAUAACUGUAUAGGCCUGUGUGUGUGUGUGAUAUUUGUGCAUUAAAUUUGCACAUUUUCGCAAAUCCCAAGAUCGACCGUCCACAAAACAACGCAAUUUGCCAUCCAAAUUUAUUUUAUUAUUUUUUUCGCACACACACCGCGCCGCGUCGCGACUGCGAACGGGAGCAAUAAUAGAAUUUUAACAGACGUCCAACUCCAACAUCAACUUCCCAAAACACAGUCCAUCAAAGCGUGUGUGCGAGAGAGAAAGAGAGAGAGAGAGAGAUAGAGUGAAGGCAAAUUAUGCCUUGGGGGAGCCGCUGACAUUUUCAUCAGCAGGAACCAGCAGCAACAGCAACAACAACCACACAGCAACACCACUGAAUACGACAACAGUAGCAUUGACUGAGUAUCAACGCCGACGUCGACGUCGCUGGCACAGUUUUUCCUGCUGCUCUCUGUGGGUAGUGAGCUGUCAUGUCAGGCACGCUGUUCGAGAUGGAGGAUCCGCAGCAGCAGCAGCAGCAGCAACUGGCAAGCGAUUCCGAGCAGCAGCUGGCCAUGUGCAUGUCCAGCCUGGAGCUGGGCGAGACGACGUCACUGAGCGUGGUGGCUAGCAGCACCACCACCAGCACGAUAACCACACAGAGCAACUGCGAUGGCAGCGACAGCGGCUUAGAUGUGCCCAGCAGCUGCUGCCAGUCCCGGAUCACCUUGCAGCGCGGCCUCAGCAGCACCAGCGGCGGCUACACCAGCAGCAACGGACUGGAGGAGAUCUACGACAGCUGCGAGCUGCACCUGACGAGCAACGUGUCGCCCAGUGAGCAGAGCAGCGAGUGCUCGCAGCGAACGCCGCCGCGCCGCUUCAAUGGCAGCGUCAAGAAGAAGGUGGCCAUGUUCGAGCCGGAGCCGGAGCAGCUGCAGUCGGGCACAGCCAAGACGCAGGAGCAGCUGCGCGGGCGCGUGGCCAACUUGAAGCGUGCGGCCAGUCUGCCACGCAACGGGGCGCCCACGACAGCGGCGAGGGAGAAGCCACGCCUUGCCAACUCCAGUUCGUUCCGUGCGCCGAACAGCACGGUCACGCCGGUGCGCACGCCACGCCCACAGAAGCCAGACACGCUGCCCAGCGCACUGAAUCGCGCCCAAUCCGUUCAGCGGCUCGCGCAGGUGCAGCGCACGCCGUCACUGAGUCGCGCUCGCACGCCGGGCACGCCCUCCGAGGACGGACGCUGGCCGGCGAAUCGCGGCGCCGCCGGACAGCGACGUGGCAUGUCUGUGACUCCGGAUGUGAUGGCUAAUCGCAUGCGGGGCAGUCCGGCACCAGGAGGCACUCUGCCCCGCCGUCGCAGGCAGCAGUCCGUGGAGGAUCUGAGCGCUGGGCGUCUUUCACGCAGCAAUUCCAUUAGCCGAGCAGCUGUUGUGGAUGCCCGCAUGACCUCGUCGGUCAUGGUGAUGCCCACAAGCCGGCGCAGUCUGGCAGCGCCCACAGUCAGCGCAAAGGUCAAUUCGCUGCGUCGCCCACAGCCGCAGCAGCUGGCAACGCCCAGGACACGCAUCUACCAUGAGACGGCGGUGCAGACGGCGCUGACCAGCGAGGACCUGGAGCAGGUUUUGGGCGGUGGUGUGCUGCAGACGCGUGCCCUGGACGCCGUGGAGCAGCUGGAUCAGAGCACGCAGGCGGAGCCGGACCAGCGUGAUCAUGAGCUGGAGCAGCUGCGCCUGGAGGUGCGCCAGCUCAGUGGCAAGCUGCAGCGCGAGCGGGAGGAGAAGCUGGCCAUGCAACAGGAGCUGCAUCUCAACACGGAGCGUGUCAUGGGCAUGCUGGAACUGGCGCGCGUGGUCAGCGCCAGCGCAGGUACGCCCACAUCGGAGGACAGUGGGGAUGGCAGCGGACAUGACAGCCUGCUCAUGCUGGAGUCACAGAUUCAGAUGAGCGGCCAUGAGCUGAUCGAGCGCCAGCAAGAGAUUGGGCAGCUGCGUGCACUGUGCCGCGCCUUGCAACAGGAGAUGCAUCGCUCGCUGGCCACGCAGCAGCUGCUGCUGCAGGAGAAGGCCGCCAUCGAGCAGGAGUCCAGCGAGCUGCAGGAUUUCCUGCAGCACGAAAAGGCCGCCCAGUGCGAUGCGCUGCGGGAGCUGGAGACGGAGCACUUGACGGCCAAGGCGCAGCUGGCCAAUCGUGAGGAGGAGGCCAAGGUGCUGCGCGACGAGUGCCGGCAUCUGGUGCGGCUCAACGAGCAGCGGCGCCAGGAGAAUCGACUGCUGCAAACGAAGUAUGCGGCGCUGGAGAACAAGUCCCGAGAGCUAAUACAUCAGCAGAACGCUGCGGUGGCGGGCGCCUCGACGGCCUUGUCUGGACUGCACGCGCGACUCGACAACCUGGUGGAGCAGCUGGUGUGCUCCUACAGCAUAUCCGAGCAGGAUUUGGAGGACACACGUUUCCAGGCAGAGUCGCUGGCAACAGAAACGGAGCACGCCCAGAAUGGCCUCAAGCCCAACGGCUUGGACUUGCCACUGAGUCCAGCAAUGGCUGGCGAUGGGCUAAACACCCUGGUACUCACCAGCGACGGCUCCUUGUCGCCGCAGCGCAAUCAAUCCUUUAUAGCUGCCGUCAUUGGUGCCAUUCGUCAGGCCACCACCCACUCGGGAAAGCGACUCUCGCUGCGGCAGGCGGGAAAACGUCAUGGCCCAGGAGCUGCAGGAGCAGGCGCCCCAAAUGCCGCGACAGCGCUCAACAACAACGAACAGGCCAAUCACAAUGGCAACGAAGAUGAUUCCGAUUCCACGGAGAUGCUGGACUCUGAGACAGAGCCUUGCUUGCUCAUGAUGGACAAUGUGCUGGAGGAUGUGGUGCAGCCAGACUCACACUCGCACAACAUGGUCUCCUCCUGCACGGGCAUGAUCUCGCAAAUCGAGCUACCCACAGAUCUGAUCAGCCAAUGCAGCCAGCAGCAGCAGCUGCAGCAGCAUCAGCCGACAGCUGCAGGCAAUAGCGACGAUUCACUGCAGCAACUGUCGCAGGCCAUAACCAACCGCCAACAGAUGGAGCUGCAUGUGCACAAGCUCAGCGUGCUGCCCAGCAACAAUCGCGAGCAAUGUAAUACGGAGGAGCUCAGCUGCCACGACUCGCUGGCUGAGCUGCCCUCGUUGAUGGAGUACAGCACGGCACAGGCUGUGGUCGACCAGGUCAUUGAGGUGGACACGCUGGUCACCAAGCUGCUCAAGGUGCUGCGACUCGUUCAGCUGGACAACGACAAUUGCAUACAGCAGCUGAUUGUGGAUAAAAAUAAACUGCAGCAGCAUAAGGAGGAUAUGCUAGAGAAACUAAAAGACCUGGAGGAUGACAACCUGAAGCUGCAGGAUGAGCUGAUGGAUGCCACACAGGAGCUGAUGAUUAAGGGCAGCGACCUGAGCGGCGCCAAGGCUGAAAUGCAGCGACAUCGCAACGAGAUCGACCGCCUCAAUGAGGACAUCUGCACGCUGAGCACGCUCUGCAGCAGCUACAAAAAGCUGUCGCCCACCACCGAGUUCCCGCCCAUGCAGCUGCUCUCGCCCAACCAGAUGCCCGAGCAGGGCGACGUCCUGGGCAUACUGAAUCUGCUGAAGAUGUGGCAUGCGGACGGACAGCUCCUGGAUGAGCGUGUCAGCAGCUAUCUGCGUAAGGUGUUCGGCAAUCAGCUAACGGUCAACGGUGCUCCCCAGCAGGACAACAACAAUGUGGAGCGUCUACGCAUUUAUGCCAAUCAGCUGGAGCAUGUCAGUCGCGUCCUAGACGAUUGCCAGUGCCUGACGGAGCAUGCGCCGCUGCAGCAGCUACGCCGUGACAUGGAGAUCGUGCGGCUGAAUGCCAAUUGGACUCAGCUAUUGGAGCUAACCGAGCAGCAAUGCGAUCUCAAUGCCAAUGGCGGUGCAGAUGUGCCCACGUCCCGGCCCUGAACUGUGUCAAAUUGUCGUUAAUUCUCUAGUUAACUAAUAGUACUUAAGAGUUGUUCAACACGUAGUUAGUUAGAAAUGUUUGCGUCCAACUCGAAGCAAGUGUGUGAAGCUUUAAAGCCGCUGCAAACAACAAUUUAUUUAGCUCGACAUUAAAUAUUUUAGCUACCUUAACUAAUCUGAA